CCAGUGGCCGUCGCACGCGGCUCUUCCGGUAAGGUUGGAGGUAGCAGCCGGCAGAGUCCGCGUCGCUCCGCAGCCAUGGCCGGCCGCAACAACAACAAACUGCCCGUCAACCUGCCUCAGCUGCAGAACUUGAUCAAGCGGGACCCGCCUUCGUACACCGAGGAGUUUCUUCAGCAGUAUCGCCAUUACCAGUCCAAUGUGGAGAUAUUCAAACUGCAGCCAGCGAAGCCCAGUAAAGAUUUGGCUGAACUAGUGAUGUUCUUGGCACAGGUUGGCCACUGCUAUCCUGAGUACCUGGCAGACUUUCCACAGCAGCUGAAGGAACUGCUCUCCUACAAUCACACAGUCUUGGAUGCAGAUCUUCGAUUGACGUUUUGCAAAGCUCUAAUUCUGCUGAGAAACAAGAACCUUAUCAACCCCACGAGCUUGCUGGAACUUUUCUUUGAGCUGCUCCGUUGCCAUGAUAAAUUUUUACGAAAAACGCUGUACACCCACAUUGUGACGGAUAUCAAGAACAUCAACGCAAAACACAAAAACAACAAGCUGAACACGACCCUUCAGAACUUUAUGUACACCAUGUUGCAAGACAGCAAUCCAACGGCAGCCAAGAUCUCGCUGGAUGUGAUGAUAGAGCUAUACAGGAGGAACAUCUGGAAUGAUGCCAAGACCGUGAAUGUCAUCACCACAGCUUGCUUUUCCAAAGUCACAAAGAUACUAGUUGCUGGCUUGAAAUUUUUCCUUGGAAAGGAUGAAGAUGAGAAAAGAGACAGUGAUUCGGAAUCAGAGGACGAUGGCCCCACAGCAAGGGACUUAAUGGUGCGAUACUCCACGGGAAGGAAGACCAGCAAGAACAAGAAGAAGCUGGAGAAAGCGAUGCAAGUCUUAAAGAAACACAAGAAGAAGCGGAAGCCGGAGGUGUUCAACUUCUCAGCGAUUCAUUUGAUCCACGACCCACAAGACUUCUCCGAGAAACUUUUGAAGCAGCUGGAAACUUCAAAGGAGAGGUUUGAAGUGAAAAUGAUGCUUAUGGAUCUGAUUUCUCGACUUGUUGGAAUCCAUGAGCUUUUCCUCUUCAACUACUACCCUUUCCUGCAACGAUUCCUGCAGCCACACCAGAGAGAAGUGACCAAGAUUCUCCUCUUUGCUGCACAGUCCUCCCAUCAACUUGUCCCGCCUGAGAUUGUCCAGUCAGUGCUGAUGACAAUAGCCAACAACUUCGUCACGGAAAAAAACUCCGCAGAAGUGAUGACUGUUGGGAUUAAUGCUAUAAAAGAGAUAUCUGCUAGAUGCCCUCUGGCCAUGGCAGAAGACUUGCUGCAAGACCUGGCGCAGUACAGAUCCCAUAAAAACAAGAAUGUAAUGAUGUCGGCAAGAACGUUGAUACAGUUGUUCCGGUCGCUCAAUCCAAAGAUGCUGCAGAAAAAAUUCCGGGGUAAACCAACAGAAGCCACGUCGGAGGCCAAAAUCCACGAAUACGGGGCGUUGGAUGCCAAAGACUACAUCCCAGGAGCUGAAGUCCUAGAACUUGAGAAUAAGGGAGGAGAUGGGGAUCUGGAAGGAGAUGGCUGGGAGACUGCCAGUUCUGCUGAGGAGGAAGAUGACGAGGAUGGAGAAUGGAUUGACGUGCAUCAUUCCUCCGACGAGGAACAGCAAAAGCUAGCAGAAAAAAUCGAAGGCAUGCCUGUGGAAGAGCGGAAGGCCAAGGCGACAGCCGUCAGCAGCAGCAGAUUCCUCACCCAGGAGGAAUUCCAGAAAAUCCGCCUCGCCCAACUUAGCAAGGAACUGAAGUCUGCACCUGGCAAGGCAGCAAAGAGGAAAAACAUUGAAAUAGAAAAUGAGGAGGAGUCAAGGGGAGAGCUGCUUUCGCUCAGGGACAUUGAGCAUCUUCACAAGAAACCCAAGUCGGAUAAAGAGACGCGACUGGCCACAGCAAUGGCUGGCAAGACGGGCAGGAAAGAAUUUGUGAGAAAGAAAUCUAAGCUGAACCCUUUUGCCAGCUCCACGAACAAAGAGAAGAAGAAGCAAAAGAAUUUCAUGAUGAUGCGAUACAGCAAUAAUAUCCGGUCAAAAAACAAGCGCUCAUUCAGGGAGAAGCAGCUGGCAUUACGAGAGGCACUCUUGAAGCAGAGGAAAAGGCUGGUGAAAUAACUGACAUGAUCCCAGGACCCGGAAAUAAAACCUCCUGAAGACUGAUGACUGGAGAGUGUUAACUAAUCAAACUAAAUGAACCAACUCCGACAAAGACAUAUCGUACCUGCAGUUAACUUCAUUUUGCCUGAACUGUUCAAUUAUGUUUACCACCUUUGGAGCAAGCCAGUAUAUCAAACCGACUUCAAACUGUGCAUCAACAUCCUGACUUGUUCAGAACCGCAAUUCCCUAGUUUAGACAAAACAGAGAAAUGUAGCUAAUUAUAGUUAACUCCUGGCUUCCUGGCUUGGUUGUUCCUUCCACGAAGGAUGGGGCAAAGGGGCUGUUCAUUCAUAGCUUUGUAAGCAAAGAGGUGAUCAUCCAAACCUGGCCAUUGGUUGUGGUGGUGAGAGCCAGGUAUAAUACCUGAAAGGUGUUUCGACCUCGGAUGCAAAAAUGAAAAUGUACACUUUUCCUUAACAUAAAUUAAAAUAUAUUUCCAACUGGUGGCAGAUUAAAGAUUAUAUAUGGCUGCUUCCAGAUGACUUGUGUGUUGAGCAUUCAUUCUGCCUUGUUUGCAGAGAGAUUGCACUAGAUUGAGUCGAGCAAUUGUCACUUUUGCUCAACAGACUUUUGCGGUAUGGAAAAAAGAUCGUUUUAGGGGUGGGCUUGUAGCAAGGGUGCCUAAUCCACUUUAACUGCACAACCUAAAACCGCCGGUAUGCUGUUCAAUCCCACCUGCAAAAUAGUGAGUCUAGAAGCACUGCUUUUUCAUGAAAGAACAAUUACUUGGGUCUUAGACCUACAUGCUCAGAGGAGCAAACCCUGUGGGCAACAAUGGGAUUGAUUUAGGAAUAAAUCUGUGUCUGACCACAAAUUUGUAAAUGUUUUACAUAGAUGGAAGGAUGUUAGUUCUGUAUUC